CAUCUAUUUUUAAUACUUUGUUAUCUAGUGUUUUUCUCUCAACUCAUUCAUUUUUUCUUAUUUCUUAUUUACUUCAUUCUUUUAUGUGAAAUAUAAAUAUAGAAUCACAAUUAAUUAAUAGACAACUAAAAAAUUAAAACUAAGGCUAAAUGUAUCAAAUCUUCCAGAUUUUUUAAAAAACAUUUACAAUUUUUAAAAAUGAAUGUAUAACAUAGAUAUUACGUAAAGGAAUAUAUAAACAAACAAAAUUACAAAACUGCAGAUAAUGUGUUUACAAUAUACGAUAAAAAUAUUUACUCCUUAUUUAUUAUUAAUUAUUAAUAAUUGAAUUAUUAGUAGUAAGAAAAACAGAUGAUAAAAACACUCAAUGUAUUCCUAUUCUGUAAGGAGAAAGUGAGAAGCAGUCAGGAGUAAUCAAUGGUAACAUUAUCCAGAAGUUGGUUCGCGCAGCGAGAGAAGCUAUCCAAAAUUGCAUAGGAUCGAUCUCGCGUAUAUGCGCGUCGAUUGUUUUCAUUGUUCCAAGUAUAAUGGCUGCGCUCGAAUGAAACGCGGAUCCUUACCUUCCUCUCGUCGUAUACCAAGCGCAAGCUGGUCCCGGGCUUGUCCAAAAUUCUAGUGCUCGCACAACCGCCCCUCUCUCUCUUUUUCUCUCUCAAAUGACCGAACAGAUCCACUUUGUUGUUGGACGCAUCGAUGUAGCAGCGAGAUACGUUGAGGUGCUCGGUGUCGAGGCAGUGUCGGCUUCAGGACAGAAAUCGUAUCAACAAAACUUGUUAAUGCCAGCAGCUGAAGAAUAACGCGCAAAGAAACGAGACUAAAGCAUCAAGAAAUUCUCUUGGUGAAUUUUAGUGAAGCGUUUCCCGUGGAUAUAUACACGCACAUAACACGCAGAAGAGACUGCUCAAUCAACUGCCCGUCCUCGAGAGGGGUCAGUGAUGAGGGGUCGAUGAAGAAUCACUUGGCAUGGCCACGCGACUCACCACCCGAAACUCGGAAGUGAACGCUCUCGAGCAGCGGGGCUAUCUCAUCGGCAAAAAAAUCGGACAGGGUUGUUACGCGACCGUCCACUUGGCAGAGUAUAUCGAUGGAGCAAAUUCCAAGAAGAUGCGUCUGGCUUGUAAGAUCUUUGACAAGGAGAAGGCGCCGCAUGACUUCUUGGACAAGUUCUUUCCCCGCGAGCUCGAGAUUUUAACAAAGAUAGAAAAUCCGCAUAUUAUUCAAGUGCACAGUAUCCUGCAGCGUGGCCCGCGCGUCUUUAUCUUCAUGCGCUAUGCCGAUAAUGGCGAUCUGCUGGAUUUUGUGACAAACAACGGCGUAGUGCCAGAACAACAGUCGCGGUUGUGGUUUCGUCAAAUGGCAUCCGGCUUGCACUAUCUACACAGCAAGAACAUCGCCCAUCGUGACCUCAAGUGCGAGAAUAUAUUACUCUCGCGCAAGUUCAAUGUGAAAUUGGCAGACUUCGGUUUUGCCAGGUUCUGCGUGAACCCCGAGGGUAGGCGAGUCCUCAGCCAUACUUAUUGUGGCUCGGCUGCAUACGCCGCGCCGGAGAUCGUCGCCGGCACUCCGUAUAAUCCGAAAUUGGCGGACGUGUGGUCGCUUGGUAUCAUCCUCUUCAUCAUGCUCAAUGCCAGGAUGCCGUUCGACGAUGCGAAUCUACGGAAACUUCUCAAGGAUCAAAUGUCACGCAAUUGGGUGUUCAGAUCGCGCGUCCGCGAUACCGUGUCCAUGUUGGCCAAGAACAUUGUCCGGCAGAUCCUCGAGCCAGACAUCACCCUCAGGCUGACUCUCGAGAGAGUGUUAGGUCAUGAGUGGAUGAGAGCGAGGAAGGAGAAAACGAGCUCACUCGUCGGAAGACUUGUCCAUUCAGCGCCGCCAAGUCAUACUCCGAUGUGCGGAGGUGGUAACCUGAGCGGGUCAGGUGCAAGAACUGGGAAUAUGCCUGUCACAGCGAGGGCACGCUCUUUAAAGAAAGAUUCGCAAAAUCAGCCGUCCUCAAAGAUGAUAAAUGUUUCAGGAAAAGAUCCACAACUGUCUAUUACUGUUGGAUAAAUAAAAAAUCUGUGAACAUUUCAAGAUACGCUAUUAGAAAAACAGAAGAUUAUACAAGCUAAUAAUUUCUCAAAUUUAAACAUUUUUGAAGAUAUUUACACUAGUCUUUAUACUAGUAUUUUUUCAAUUUCUUAUUGAUUACAAUCAAUGCGUAUGUGCAAACUUAUACGGAUGUUGAUAAUGUAUUGUGUUACUUAAUAAAAAAACAAAAUCCAUAAUUUUAUAAUUUGACAUAAAUUUUUAUCCAGAUAUGUACGAGGAAAAUUUAAUCGAUUAACAACGACACGCAAUAAAUAUUAUAUAAUUCAUUUACUAUUUAAAAUAUUUAUAAAUUACAACAAAAUGAACACUGAACUGUUUAUAUGUGUAUAUAUAUAUAUAUAUAUAUAUAUAUAUAU